AUGAGGAGAAAACCGGAGCUCCAAGCAGAGACUAGCAAUGGACACAACAAGAAGCAUUUGACUGGGAUUUUUUCGAAAACAAUACGCCAACUGCCAAAGUCAUUAUUGACAUCUAACAAUGUUGCUAUAAAUUCGAAACGAAGGAAAAUCCCUCUCACUUUCUUACCGCCGAGUACGAAUUCACCUCUCUUUGUUUACAGUAACGACUAUGAUCAGCGGUCAUUCUUAAGUCUUUGCUCAGGAUCUCACAUUGAUAAUCAAACUGUUCAUUCCAAUGAUAGUAACGCAGAGUCUGUUUCAACAUUUCGAUCAUUACCAUCAACAUUAGAAGUCACGGAUGAUGAAAUCCAAAGCAUUAAUCAAUGGAUCGAUGAAGAACGAGAAAGAAGGAGUUUAUUAGAUAAUGAGGAAGAAGUUGAAAGUUAUGGUGCUAUAAAUGCUUCAAACGACGGGUAUGAUGCACUGGAACGUAUUGAUACAAUGUUCCCGCCUUCACGAACUGCAAGUAGAAGGUCAUCCGUUUUGAGCCUCGAAGGGCUUAUCAAAGAUGAAGAAGACGAAGAUUUUUCACACACUGACACCACUUUGCAUAGAGAGGUCAGAAAAUUAUUUCGAUAUUCUGUUCCAUUGCUUAUAACCUUCUUUUUAGAACAAAUGUUUUCCUUAGUUUGUGUGGUAUUUGUGGGUCAUUUGGGUAAGGAGGAGUUAGCUGCAGUUUCUAUGGCCUCCAUGACAUCUACAAUUGUCUUAACAAUUUUUGAAGGUAUUGCAACAUCAUUAGAUACUCUUUGUCCUCAAGCUUACGGUGCAGGGCAGUAUAAGCAUGUGGGUAUACACACACAACGAUGCUCACUAUUUUCAUUAGUGUUAUUUGUACCAGCGGCAUUGAUAUGGUUUUUCAGCGGCUAUCUUUUGUCAUUCAUUUUAGAGGACGAGAAGGUCAUCCUACUUACACAGAAAUUUCUGAGGGUGCUAAUAUUAGGUGGCCCACCUUACAUUCUCUUUGAAAACGGGAAGAGAUUUCUUCAAGCACAAGGAAUAUUUGAUGCUGGUACAUAUAUACUUUUCAUCACAGCACCGCUACAUAUUCUUUUGAGUUGGACAUUAAUCUAUUCGGAAAGGUUUGGAUUAGGAUUCAUAGGUGCUCCAAUAGCCUCUGUCAUUAACUUUUGGGCAAUGCUGCUUUUACUUGUUGCUUAUGUUGUGUUUGUAGACGGCAAUGAGUGUUGGGAUGGAUUUACCUUAGAUGCCUUCAAACAUUGGAAUGAUUUAUCCAAACUUGCAAUCCCAGGUAUUGUUAUGUUGUUAGCAGAGUCACUUGCAUAUGAAAUCUUGACAUUGUUUGCAUCCAAAUUCGGCACAUCGAUGUUGGCAACCCAGUCUGCAUUAUCAUCGGUUGUUUCUUUGCUGUACAUGGUUCCAUUUGCUAUUUCUGUAGCAUCUUCCACCCGUAUAGCCAAUUUUGUUGGUGGUUGCAAUAUAAAGGGUGCUGAAAUGGCCAUUAAUGUUGGGUUUCUUUCCUCUAUUGUUUCCGGUAUGUUCAACUGCAUAAUCAUCUACUUUGGAUCAGCCAGAAUCGCACAACUUUUUACACAGGACGAAGAAGUUAUAUCGAUGUUUGUCAGUCUCUCACCAUUAGUGGCAAUAUUUGUUAUUUUCGAUUGUCUAGCCUGCACUGGGAACGGUGUUCUUAGAGCAUUAGCAAUGCAAUUGACUGGCGGAACCCUAAGCUUGAUAGGGUAUUACAUUAUUGCGGUUCCUUUGGCUCUAUUUUUAGGAUUCAAAAUGAAUUUAGAGUUGAUGGGACUUUGGAUAGGUAACGGUGCCGGCUUACUCUUUGUUGGAGUUUCCGAAAUUAUUGUCAUUUACAACAUCAAGUGGGAUUCGAUAUUGGAGAGAUCAAAGAAAUUGGCUAUGCAUGAGGGUAUCUGA